AGAAGUCCUUCACACUACAUGUCUGGGGUGCCGAUCCCCGCUCUCCUCGUCUCCAGCCCCUAGCUUUGCAGAAACCAUGGACGUCGACAUUGCGCCCCAAUUUGGUGCCGAACUCAAGGAUGGCUUCAAGACGGUCAACGCCUGGGUGUCCGGCGGCAUCUCCUGGCUGGACGACAUACAGCAGUUCUACCGGGAACGAAGCGCCAUAGAAAAGGAGUACUCGGCAAAACUCAGCGCGCUUGCGAAGAAGUACUACGAGAAGAAAGCCAAGAAGCAGAGCAGCUUGAGUGUUGGCGACACGCCCACCGUGACUCCGGGCUCCUUGGAAAGCGCCUCCAUGACGACAUGGGGAGUUCAGCUGAGCACCCUCGAGUCCCGCGCAGCCGAACAUGACCAAUUCGCUGGCGCCCUCAUCACCCAACUUGCCGACCCCCUAAAGCUCCUCGGCACACGGACCGAGGAAUUGCGCAAACUGCACGCCGACUAUGCUGCCAAGCUGGAGAAGGAACGCGACAACCAAUACGGAGAGCUGCGCAAGCAAAAGGGCAAAUACGACAGUGUCUGUCAGGAGGUCGAGAGCCGGCGAAAAAAGGUGGAUAGUGCGUUUGACCAUGGCAAAGCAAAGGCACAGAAUGCCUUUAACCAACAGCAGGUCGAGAUGCGCAACGUCAAGAACACCUAUCUGAUUAGUAUCAACGUGACCAAUAAGCAAAAGGAGAUGUACUACCACGAGUACGUCCCCGAGUUGCUAGAUAGCCUUCAAGACCUUUCCGAAACGCGAGUCAACAAGCUGAAUGCGAUAUGGUUGCUGGCGGCGCAGAUCGAGACGCAAACGCUUACGCGGAGUACCGAGUACCUGAACCAUCUAUCCGGCGAGAUUCCACGCAACAACCCUCUACUUGACUCGAUGAUGUUCGUGCGGCAUAACGCUGGUCCAUGGCAGGAGCCUGAGGACUUUCAAUUUGAGCCCAGCCCGGUCUGGCUAGACGACAGUAACAUCGCCGUCGAUGAGUCUGCGACAAUUUUCUUGCGCAACGUACUCACAAAGUCAAAAUCUUCUUUGUCAGAACACAAACGCGAGCUUGAGAAAAAGCGCAAGGAGGUAGAGAAUGCCAAGGCGGUACGGCAAAAGAUAAGAGACGGAACAGAUAAGAGAGAGGAAGUCGACAUUGUUCGUGCCAUCUUUGCGAUACAAGAAACGAUGCAUGAAGUGGAACGCCAGAAAGUGAGCGCUGAAGUCGAAGUCUCGACCAUCACAUCCGUCGUAGGCGACCUUAGCAUUGGCGCGAGGAACCACAAUUUCAAAUCCCAGACAUUCAAGAUACCCACAAAUUGCGAUCUAUGCGGAGAUCGCAUAUGGGGUCUGUCGGCAAAAGGAUUCGACUGCAAAGACUGUGGCUACACCUGUCACAGCAAGUGCGAGAUGAAGGUCCCGGCCGACUGUCCUGGAGAACAGAGCAAAGAGGAAAAGAAGAAACUGAAAGAAGAGCGGCAAAAGGCCGCGCACACUGUGACGGCUACAAACGGUGCUGCGACGAGCUCUAGCGCAGACAUGCCGCGGCUAGGCAGGAGUGACACAGUGAAUUCUAUGAACACACUGAGCUCUGGCUACUCGGCGACUGCACAACGGUCGAUAGCUGGAAUAUCACCGACCGCUGAAGAGCCGCCACCCCCAGAAAAGAAGGCGCCAGCACCAGCACCGGGCCCUAGGAAGAACCGCAUAGUUGCACCUCCGCCAGCACAGUACAUCAAGAGUGAAGAAGAUGUUCCUACUCCCACAUCCAAGUCGGCCGAACCCAAGGGCAAGAUGCUAUACGCGUACCAAGAACACGGCGACGGAGAGGUGACGGUGGCUGAAGGCACAGAGAUUACUAUACUAGAAGCCGAUGACGGAUCUGGAUGGAUGAAGGUUCGCGCUGGUGUCAAAGAAGGCCUAGUCCCCGCAGCGUAUGUAGAGACUAUAGUGGCAACGCCUCCCACGACAGCCUCGACGUUUUCGUCAGCACGUCCAGACUCGACAUACUCUGCUUCUUCAGCGUCAACGACAAACAUGAACACAGCUGCUCCUGUUAAGAAAAAGGGGCCAGCGGUAGCGCCGAAGCGUGGCGCCAAGAAGCUCAAAUAUGUCGAGGCACUGUACGACUAUACAGCACAAACCGACGUAGAGCACUCGAUGACAGAAGGAGACCGGUUCGUGCUGAUCAACAUGGACGCCGGUGACGGAUGGGCAGACGUGGAAAAAGACGGUGUCGUACGCAGCGUCCCAGCAAACUAUCUUCAACAAAUCUAAAUGGCCUUGGACGUAGCAACCCCGGAGAUGAGGUUGUUGUGAUUGGGUAGUGAGCCCGCUGUAUCAUCAGUGCAAAGAGGACACAGAAAUGGGCGGGUGCUUUCCGGCAUCGAGAUGGCUGGGGAGUUUGUACAUAUUGAAAACACAUCA